AUGAAGUUUACUGCUAUCAUUGCUUCCCUCUGCUUGGCCGCGGCGCCAUUCGUCGCUGCAGAGGAUGAUCUCACUACCUCAACAGCAACCACGACCAUCACCAAGACUCUGGUCCGCGUCAGUUCAGUGACUCCAACUUCGACUUCCGCCGUAUCUAGCAUGACCACCACGACUGCUACUGCUACUGCUACGGCUACUGCUACUGCUACUACCACUACGUCGACUUCUCAGUCCAGCGCAGAUUCCACCACUUCGUCAGCAGCGGCCGUAACCUCAACCGGCGCGGCGGCCAAUAUUGGUGCUGGUAUGCCUAUUGCCUUGGCCGCCGCCGGCUAUCUCGUUGUGAUGAUGGGCCAGGCCCUAUAA